AAGAAAAUAAAGCGGGAGGGGUGAAUGCUAAUUUGUAACACGGCUGUUCACAUUGUGUUCUUAAUUAUUAACAGCUGUAUGCACGCAGAACCAUGAGGUUUCGAAACGCUCAAAUAAUUCGUUUUCGUACUCCGCAAAAAAUACUCUUUUCAAAUGCCCCUCAGCCAUUCGGCUGGGACUGCAAAUUCAUCAACAGAUCCAGAAAUGGAAAAUAAAGUAAAAAAAGCUUCAGAAAAAAUAUCUGAGAAUUUACAUAUAUUUGCAAAUGAACCUUCCUUGGCAUGUUACAGACUUCAGGAACACAUUCACAAGUCUUUACCUCAGCUUGUUUUAAAGAGAAUAGAAGUCAACCAAAUGCAUCGUGAACUCCAAGGAAAGUGUUAUGAUUUAGAAUAUGCAAUUAAUGCUAUAAAAUCCAUGCAGAAAAGUCAUGACCAUUUUCGUAACAUUCAUCAACUUAUAUUACAAGCCAUUACUGUAAAACAACGUUUAAAUAAUGAAGAAUCAAAAAAGUCAGACAAGAAGAAGACCACACCAGCAGCAUCUCCCUCUACAAGCAACCCUUUGCUUCAAAAAUUGCAGGAGUAUCCAUGAAGGAAAGAAUCUUAUAUUUUUGAAAUAAUCUAAAAAUUUAAGGGAAAUAUAAGCAGAAGAAAUUUUUUUAAUUUAUAAUUUAAAUUAAAUUGAAUUUUGUAUCUUAUUCUGUAAAUGUGUGUUUUUUGUUAACUGCUAAAUUAUUAACCUUGAUUAACAUGGUACUAUAUUUAUUUUUUUUUAUUUUAUGAGAAACUUUUGUUUACUUUUUGAAAAAUGAUUUGAAAUUUAAAUGUUAUUUAAAUUUGUUUUGAUACAUUAAGUUACAAUUUUGGUGUUAGAAUUUAUAUCAUCAUUUUUAAUUAUAUUAAAUUUUAGUCUAAAAAUUGCAAGGAAAUAUGUGAAAUUUUAAAUAUACUUUUCUGAUUGUUGUGUAUAAUGUAUUUCUUAUUAUGAGUGAUAUUACUUAUGAAACUUAACAGCUGUUUCUUUUAAUCUUUUAUCAUUAUAAUCGUAACCUAUCUUGUAAUAAUUAUUUAUUAAUCAUGGAAAUACUUAAUUUAUGUGUAUAUAAAUUUUGGUAUAAAUUCCGUAUACAGUCAAAAGUCGUUAAUUCGGACACCCAUAAUCCGGAAUGAUCUAUA